CGAUCGCUUUACAUCCUCUCGCCACGCCGGCCAUGUGGGCGAGGGCCUUUCGUGCGCCGCGAGAACUACAUUUCCCAUAGGACCUGGCGAUCGAGCACUAUGGAGUUACAUGUGGUCCAUCUGGAGAGAAAGAUCCGAGAUCUCCUGGAAAAUCUGGGUUUUGAGAUUUACCCGUUUAAGGUAAAAUGGUACAAUGAGGUUCUUCCUACAACUUUACAUCUGCGGUACUCUGAUGAUACUCUGGCAUUUGUAGUACUUAGCAUUCCUGCUAUGUUUGACAAGGCAUUCAAACCCUUUCUAAAGAAACGGCUGCUGAAGAAGAUUCACGAUCCAGUGGAUCAAUGCAUUUCUUAUCAUCUCUCGAUGAUUAGAGAGAGUCUUGCUGACCAGAAGAUGGAUAUCAUUUAUGAUUAUGAGAUCCUGCCCAAUAGGAAGCCCAAAUUCCUGGCCCAAACAGCAGCACAUGUGGCUGGAGCUGCAUACCUCUAUCAGAGAAAAGAUGUACAUCGAGAUUCCUGGGGAGAAAAAAAGAUCUAUGGUGUUUGUAUUCACCCCUCUUAUGGAGGUUGGUUUGCAAUUCGGGGUCUUCUGCUUUUCCCAGAUAUCAAGGUACCCUUCUUGCUGCAGAAAAGCCCUAUUGAUUGUGUACCAACAGAAGAAAAAAGAAUAGAACUACUAGAGAAAUUCAAUUUUCACUGGCAGGACUGGAGCUAUCGGGAUAUUAUUGAAGUAAAAGAUAAAUACUCAGAAGAACAGAAAACCUAUUUUGCAACUCCUCCAGCUGAGCGGUUAAAAUUGCUGAAACUGGAGGAAGAAUUGCAGAGAAGAAUAAUAGCCUAAGUAGCUAUUUUCACUGUGCAAAAAUAUACAAAAUACAUGCUGUUCUGCCCAUUGCUAUAUAGGGACGGAAUCAAUGGAUGAGUUGGUAAACCCAAGAUGGAAGGCAAAUGCACUUUGCAUAGAGUUAGUGAGCACAGGAGGAUUUGCUUUCAAAUAAACACAGAAUUGAAUUACAAUGUUAGUAACACCUGUAUAUUCAGGCAUAGAAAUGUGUAAGCUAUAUUUUAUUAGUGAUUGGGGGAAGGGGGUCAGAAUGAUUCUUUGAUAGAAGGGGUAAAAUCGUAUGCUAAGGAAGGAUAUAUUUAUAAAUGGCACUUUUUGCUAUCCUGUGGGAGAAGUUCUCCAGACAGCAAAUGUUCAGAAACAUAUUGUCUGGUAUUUCACAAUAUAAAGUUAUUUCUGGUACGAUACCCUUUUAGUAAUUCCCAGCACAUACUCUGAAGCUUUGAAAUCAUUUUCAUUUUGUUUGGUUGGUUGGUUGAUUUCCACUCUUUCCAAUGCUCCUAAAUGAGCAUUUGGGAGGCUUGUCUAACCCAUGUGAUGAAAGAGAACUUAAGCAGUUUUAAAGAAUGCACAAUUAAAAGACGCCAAAUGAUUUGAUCUUUACUAUAUGUUAAUUGUGUGAAAAUUGUGUGGCAAUUAAGCAGUUUAGUGAGAAGACAUAUUACUGAAUCACACUGAACAGCAAUUUAGAUUCAAAUUUUUGAGAAAAGCAAUCCUGCAAAAUUAUGCUGCUGAAAAUGGAUACUUUUGCUGCCAAAUUUAGUAUUAGAUCCCUGUGUUGCCAUUAGAGAUAUCUUGUCCUCCCCUAACAUAGGGGGUAAAUGGAAACCAGUGCAUGCAGCAGGAAUUCUUAACGGUACUACAUUAUAAAAAUGCUUCAUGAUCACAAAUGGAGACUUCUUCUGAUUGAAGAAGAGCCAAAAGACAAUUGACUCUGCAAGUGUACAGAGUGGAUCUUCCUGUCUCGCCUCACUGCUAUUAUUUAUCCCCAUGGUUUUCAUGUGAUUUCCAAACAGUUUUGAUUUCUUUUGUUUCAUUCAACCAAGGUUCUUUUUCUCUCA